AGCGGAAGUGGAGGCGGGCUGGACUUGUGGUUUAUCUUCCCCGGUUUUGGGGACCUGGUCGCGUCAGCUGGCGCGCUGACGUGGCUCCCGGAAGCGGGGCUGGCGCAGGGCCGUCAUGUUGCAGCAGGACAGUAAUGAUGACACCGAGGACGUUUCCCUGUUUGAUGCAGAAGAGGAGACCACUGACAGACCAAAAAAGUCCAAGAUCAGACACCCAGUGGCGUCAUUUUUCCAUUUGUUCUUUCGAGUCAGCGCCAUCGUGGUCUAUCUGCUCUGUGAAUUGUUCAGCAGCAGCUUUAUUGCCUGUAUGGUGACAAUUAUCUUGCUGUUGUCAUGUGACUUUUGGGCAGUCAAGAACAUCACAGGUAGACUCAUGGUUGGUCUGCGUUGGUGGAAUCAUAUAGAUGAAGAUGGAAAAAGCCAUUGGGUGUUUGAGUCCAGGAAGGCAUCCGCUCAAGAGAGUAAAACUGUUUCUGAGGCCGAAUCGAGAAUCUUUUGGUUAGGACUCAUUGCCUGUCCUGUGCUGUGGGUGAUAUUUGCUUUUAGCGCACUCUUCUCCUUCAGAGUGAAGUGGUUGGCGGUGGUUAUCAUGGGCGUGGUGCUCCAAGGGGCCAACCUGUACGGUUACAUCCGGUGCAAAGUGGGCAGCAGGAAGAAUUUAACCAGCAUGGCCACGUCGUAUCUCGGAAAGCAGUUGUUACGACAGAACACCGGUGAUGACCAGACUUCCUGAAGAGAGGGGAGACCACUCUCGUGUUCUGUUAUGCCUUUACGCCGAAGAGAUGAUUCUGGACUCUGAGCCUUUUGGAACUCACUACAUGUUGCAAAGACGAAUAUUGGGUUUGUUUUUCUAGUUUAUUAACCUCUUUGCUUUAAAAAAUUGGAAAGGUCGUUUUCACAUUCAGUUAUUUACUGUCUCUCUCACAUUUGGGGCUCCAAAGGAUGGCGUUGCCAGAGACGUCGUCCAGAUCGGUUCCCGGUUUCCGUAGGUAAUGUCCAUGUGCCCUGAGUCACUGCCCGGGUCUGACGUGCAUAUGAACGGAGACCUUUGGGUUUCGACCCACAGAAUAUAGAAGAUGUUCUCAGUCUAUCAGAACACGAGACGUGUGCAUAUUUGUCCUAUAGAUUAUCGUCAGAAGAAAGUCUUGCUUUCGUGGUGAGAGUGAGCACUUUUGGCUUCUGUAGAAGUUAGAAAUAAUUGUUCAUCUUCCAACUUAAACUAUACUUUGUGAUGAAAGUUCUUAUCUUAGGACUCCCAGGCAGGUAAAAACCAAAUUUGGGCCAGUGGUUAACAAGUUUGUAAAUUUUGUUAAGUUUUAUCUGUAACAGUCAUGUAGUUAAGGCCCCACGAAUAUAAAAGGAAUUUCCCUAGUUUAUGUUUCGGGGCUCCGCUAGAGAUUGCUGCUGCUGCUGUAUUUAUAUUUUGGAAGGGUUAGUCAGAUCUCACUUUGGAACUUCCCGGUGGUCCUUGGCCUAAUGAAAUCUUAUCUUUUAUCACUAAAAGAGUAUUGUUCUUAUAUCAUAGUGAGAAUAAUCAUUGAAAUACUUGGCAUAAUAAGUGCCCAGAAGACAUUUUAUCUUAAGAAUCUUUUUCUUUUUUCUUGCUAUAAUGGGGACAUUGUAAAUCUUGGUUUGUAGUAAUGGGAUUUCUUAAAGCAAUAUAUGUAACAAUCUCCAAGCUGUUUUAGGAGUCUAUAAAUUCUGUUGCAGGUUCUGUAAACUUUGUUGGAGUCUUUUAACCAGCAGAUUAUUUUGUGAAUGUAUUUAUACAUUGUUGAGAUUUUUCAAAAGAUGUUUAAUUAAGUAUCUUUGUUGGAGUGAUAGCUUUGAAGGUACAUGACUUUAUAUUUGUAUAAAACUCUACUGUUUACAAAGCA